AUGGCGGACGCCCAACAGGAAGAAAAUUUGAUCAAAGAAUACUUUAGCAAGGGUUUCGAAUACAAAGAAAUUAUCGAGUUUUUGACUAAGAAUCAUUCUAUAAAUAUGAGCAUCGCGACCCUUAAAAGACGCAUAAAAGUAUAUGGCCUUCAAAGAAAAAAUGCGGAUUACGACAUUGAUGUUAUUACGGAGAAAAUCCGAACUAUUUUGGAUGGACCUGGCUGUAUUGCGGGUUACCGACACGUAUGGCAUACACUUAAGUUACAAGGUAUUUCUGUGCCAAGAAGUGUUGUCCAGCACUUAAUAAAGCAACUUGAUCCCGAAGGGGUAGAACAGAGAAAGGCUCAUAAACUUCGGCGAAGAAUGUAUCACAAUCGGGGACCGAACGAUGUUUGGCACUGUGAUGGAUAUGAUAAGUUGAAACCAUUCGGCUUUCCCAUUCACGCAUGCAUUGAUGGGUGGAGCCGAAAAAUCUUAUGGCUAUACGUGACACGUUCAAAUAAUUUACCACAAAAUAUAGCAGCAUAUUACCUUGAAACAGUUCGACAACUGAGAGGCUGCCCCAUGAAAUUGGUGACGGAUCUUGGCACCGAGAAUG